CCUAUUGUAUAGUUGUUAAAUAACUGACCUAAUUGUAUUCGUGUUCCUCUUAUCAUAACCUUUAUUUUGACCUUUGAACUAUUGUUAUUGAUUACUUUCCCCCUAUCCAUAGCCACAUUGGCCAAUUACUGUACAAAUGUUAUUUUUCUAUUUUUUGGUAUAAUUGGGUCUGUUUGGUUAGUAUAUAUAAUCCAGUAUGCUUGUGAAUAAUGAUUCAUAUUGCUGAGGCUGUUAUUUGUGUUCUGGACUUAACGGCUGGGCUAGGCAGAUAGGAAGGACCGAAUAGCACCCAAGACUGCUCGUACGUAUUUUCGGUAUCAUUGCACGUCCAUAUCAUUUACGAGUUUGUAUAAAUCAUAACAAUUGGCGACGGGUAAAAAAAUGGCUCUAACUUCCAACCAAUUUCAGUUGCUAAUCCAGCAACUAGAACAGCUCGUUAGAAAGAGUCAAUUGGAUUUCAUUGACAAAUUACGCGCGAAGCUGCUGAAUCACCCAUGUUUUGGGGGUGAAACGGAAGUUGAAGCAAUAAUUUCAAAAUUGCGUACAGAGCAGGAAAACGAUUACAGAACUAAUGAAUAUGCCGGCGAAAGCCUCAAUGAAUCCGUACAAAACAGUAAUUUAAAUGCAGCAGUAGCAGUCCUACAUGAUCAGCCCAGUAGUCCGGUACUGCCUGUUUCAGACACAUGCCCUAUACACGGUCCAAGUCCUAUUAACCCCGUAAACGGACGUGCAAACAGUGGAUCAACUUCUUUACAGAAAGACAAUGUUUUGCUAAAUGCCCAUGAAAUUGCUGCAGUACCCGCCCACGAAGAAACGGGGAACAAACCGAACAGUAUAGUGAAUACAAUGGCGCCAAAUGAAACUAAUCAUGAUGAAAAAAAUUUUUCUAAUGAAUCUAAUGAUCAAAAUUAUCUAAUUGUUCUGCCAGAUCCCGAUUAUUUCGCUGAUUCAUAUGUUCCUGUUCAAAUCUCUUAUAAAAAUGUGAGAAAAAUAUCGGAUGCAUUAAAUGAUAAUCAAGAAUCCAAUACAACUCUCAUAGAUACUGAUUAUCCUAAUGAUUCAUUAUCUACUAAUGAGGUUCCGAGGAAAUUCACGGGAACUAUUUCAGAAGAAUCAAAUGUUGGUGACCUCAAAUCAAAUGUCAUCGAUCCUCAUGAUCUCGUCAGUUCUAAUGGAUUCCCUGUUAAAUGUGUCAAACAUGACAAACAUAUCGAAAUAAUAGUAACUUGGUUAUAUGAGGAUCCAACAGUCUUUCGUGGGGGAGGGGGAAUUCGAGAAAUUUAAAAUCCGGAUAUGAACUCCGGAUUUCUCAAAAAGGGGAGGUGUUAUAUCCCCUGGUGAAUGAUGAAUGGUAAAUCUGAGGUCUAUUAUGGACAAAGGUAAUAUGCCUAAUUCCUAUUGUAUAGUUGUUAAAUAACUGACCUAAUUGUAUUCGUGUUCCUCUUAUCAUAACCUUUAUUUUGACCUUUGAACUAUUGUUAUUGAUUACUUUCCCCCUAUCCAUAGCCACAUUGGCCAAUUACUGUACAAAUGUUAUUUUUCUAUUUUUUGGUAUAAUUGGGUCUGUUUGGUUAGUAUAUAUAAUCCAGUAUGCUUGUGAAUAAUGAUUCAUAUUGCUGAGGCUGUUAUUUGUGUUCUGGACUUAACGGCUGGGCUAGGCAGAUAGGAAGGACCGAAUAGCACCCAAGACUGCUCGUACGUAUUUUCGGUAUCAUUGCACGUCCAUAUCAUUUACGAGUUUGCAUACGUCAUAACA